CGCGUCGAUGCAAAUUUACAAAUUUUUAACCAGUGGAUUUUCAGAAUUCAAAAAAUCAGUUUAACUCUGAGUGUUGACUAAUUAAUACAUCAGGCAAGCAGUUGAAGACUCAUGUUGGGGAUGGCGACCUCGCUUGAGAUACCCUUGAAGGAUGGGGAGGAGGUCAUCGAAAUCCCGUUUGACGAACUCCCUGAGGCAUCAGAGAUCCUUCAGAUUCUACAACAGGAGAAAGCGCAGUUACAUCUUUGGAACAAGUUAGCUAGGGAGUACUUUAGACAGGGUCGAAAAGACGACUUCACGAAGAUCCUCACCUCUGCCAUUGCCAGCCCGACGGAUAAGUAUGAAGAGUUUGACCACGAUCAGAUGAACUCCUACGACAUGCUGGCUGCAUACUUCGUUCAGGAGGCGAACAAGGAGAAGCAGAGGGAUAAGAAGAAGGAGUUGUUCAUGAAAGCGACCCUUCUCUAUACAACAGCUGACAAGAUCCUCAUGUACGACAAGAACCAUCUUUUAGGAAGAGCCUACUUCUGCCUGCUCGAGGGGGAUAAAAUGGAUCAAGCAGACCAACAGUUUAACUUUGUACUUUCUCAGAAUCCUUCCAGUAUACCUUCCCUCCUGGGUAAAGCAUGUAUUGCAUUUAACAAAAAGGAUUAUAAGAAUGCACUGGCGUACUACAAGAAGGCCCUGAGAACGAACCCUAAAUGUCCUGCGAAUGUCCGGCUAGGGAUGGGACACUGCUUUCUCAAACUGGGUAACCCUGAUAAGGCUCGCCUAGCGUUUGAGCGUGCCCUGGAACUUGAUCCUGAUUGUGUGGGUGCUAUGGUGGGGAUAGCAGUUCUUCAGCUCAAUAGUCAGGAACCAGAAAAUAUCAGGGAUGGAGUGCAGAAACUGAGUCGAGCAUACGGAAUAGAUUCUCAGAAUCCGAUGGUACUCAACCAUCUUGCAAACCAUUUCUUCUUUAAGAAAGAUUACAAUAAGGUUCAACAUCUAGCACUUCAUGCCUUCCAUAGUACUGAAAAUGAAUUGAUGAGGGCGGAAUCCUGUUAUCAACUUGCCAGAUGCUUCCAUGUUCAGCAUGAUUAUGACCAAGCAUUCCAGUAUUAUUAUCAAGCAACACAGUUUGCUGCUACCAACUUUGUUCUUCCACAGUUUGGUCUGGGACAAAUGUACAUCUACAGGGGGGAUACGGAGAACGCCGCCAUGUGUUUCGAGAAGGUUCUGAAGGCCCAGCCCGGUAACUAUGAGACAAUGAAGAUCCUUGGCUCACUCUACGCUAAUGUUGUGAACGAGGAGAAAAGGCGGAUAGCUAUCAGUCAUCUGAAGAAGGUAACAGAACAGUUCCCUGAAGAUGUAGAAGCCUGGAUAGAAUACGCUCAGAUCCUGGAACAGUUGGAUAUAUCAGAGAGUCUUAAGAGUUACAGUACAGCAACUAAUAUACUUAAAGAGAAGAUUGGUGCUGAUGUUCCUCCAGAGAUAUUGAACAAUGUUGGAUCUCUGUACUACCGCCUGGGAAAAAAUGAGGAUGCAUUAAAAUGUUUUGAGGAGGCUCUCGAGCGCGCUAACCUAGAGUCCGAGGAGGACGAGAGAUAUUAUAAGCUGAUUGCAAUUACUAUCAGAUAUAAUUUAGCCCGGAUACAUGAAACACUCUGUCAUCACGAUGUCGCGGAGAAAACUUAUAAAGAAAUUCUCCUAGAUCAUCCAAACUAUAUAGACUGCUAUCUCAGAUUAGGUUGCAUGGCCCGAGAUAAAGGGCAAAUCUACGAAGCUUCUGACAAGUUUAAGGACGCUCUGCAGAUUAGAAAUAUCUGGGCAGCUAAUGGUAUAGGAGCAGUACUAGCACACAAAGGUUGUAUCCAGGAAGCCAGAGAUAUCUUUGCUCAGGUUCGUGAAGCUACAGCUGAGUUCUGUGAUGUCUGGUUGAAUAUUGGACACAUCUAUGUCGAGCAGAGACAAUAUAUCUCCGCUAUUCAGAUGUAUGAAAACUGUCUCGCCAAGUUCUUCAAGUAUCCAAAUGUAGAGGUUCUCCAAUACUUGGCUAGAGCGUACUAUAAGGCGGGGAAACUGAAGGAGGCUAAAGCAGCUCUGUUAAAGGCUCGUCGUGUUGCUCCUCAGGAUACAGUUAUCCUGUACAAUAUAGCUCUAGUUCUACAGAAACUAGCAGCUCAGCUGCUCCGAGAUGAGAAGAGCAGCUUGGAGGAGGUUCUUCAAGCUGUUCAUGAGUUGGGAAUAUCUCAUAAAUACUUUCAGUACCUGGCUGUGGAGGGGGAUAAGAUGAAGUACGACCUCGGUAGAGCGGCAAUAGAGGCCAGGCAGUGCCAGGAUCUUCUAUCUCAGGCCCAAUACCAUGUCGCACGCGCUAAGACCAUCGAUGAACAAGAGCGCGCUGCGCGUAAAAAGCAAACCGAAGAGCGUGAAAAGUUUCGUAGAGAACAGGAGGCACUGCUGCGCUCGAAAGAAGAGGAACGACGCGCUCAGUUGGAGGAGAAGGUUCGCGCGCGUGAAGUUUACAAGGAGAAGAUGAGGAACGCGACUCAAAUAGAGAUGAUCGACGAUACACCUGCGGCGCGUAAAAAAGGCGGCGGUGGCGGACGAAGGCGUCGUGACGACGGAGAGAUCAAGACAAGCGACGAAAGCGGGGCGGAAGGUCGUGGUGAAGACGGAGAGAGAGGGCGGAAGAGGAAGAGAGAGAAGAAGAAUAAUGGGAAAGAAUCUAAGAAGGAAAGGCGAGCAAGGAAGAGAAUGGAGAAGAAGAAUAAGGAGAAGGAAAUGGGAAUAGAUAAACUAUCCAAGAAAGCGAAGGGGAAGAUCAGGAGUAAAGCUACGGUGAGCAGUGACAGUUCUGACAGUGAGGGUGGGGGCAGGAAGAUGAAGAUAGUCAGCAGAAGUGGAAGUGAGAGUGGAGGAAGUGACAAAGGAGGAAAGAAGAGAAGAAUCGGAAGUUCAAGUAGAUCUAGAUCAAGAUCUAAAUCAGGAGGAAGAUCCGGAAGUAGAUCUAAAUCAAGAAGUAGAUCAGGAUCUUCAAAAUCAGGAUCACGAUCAGGAUCGGCAGCAUCAUCAAAGUCGAGAUCAAGAUCAAAAUCGGGAUCAAGGUCCAAGUCGGGGUCAAGAUCCAAGUCGGGAUCAAGAUCAAAGUCGGGAUCGAGAUCUAAAUCCCGGUCCAAGUCUGGCUCAAGAUCAAAGUCUCGUUCUAAAUCACGUUCACGUUCUAAGUCGGGAUCAAGAUCGCGUUCUGGCUCUGCUAAGUCGGGCUCAGCGGCCAGGUCGAGAUCAGGCUCGGCGGCGAGGUCGAGAUCAGGUUCGGCGGCGAAGUCGAGGUCAGGCUCGGCGGCCUCGAACAAAUCUCGCUCAGCAUCACCUGCCUCAGAUUAAAAGAUUAAAAUAAUAGAAUGCUGAAUUCCUAAUUUCAUGAUGUUGUAUUCAAAUAUUUUUAUAAUAUACUUUGUCCAAACUUCUAAAUGUUCAAAUGUAAAACUAUUUUGUUUUCAGA